GAGUGGCUGCGGCGCUGGGCGGCAGUGGGUGGAGGCAAAGCUGGAAAGGAUAGUGGGAAGGCCAAGGCCAAGGCAGUGUCUCGCUCACAAAGAGCUGCACUACAGCUUCCUGUGGGCCGCAUCCACAGACACUUGAAGACUCGCACCACAAGCCAUGGACCGGUGGGUGCCACUGCUGCCGUGUGUGGUGCUGUGAUUCUGGAGUACCUCACUGCUGAGGAGCUGGAGCUGGCAGUUUUUUAAAUUAUGAACUUGAAGAUGACAUUACUUCUAGACAUAGCAGUUUAUAUCUUCAUGCUAACUUGUUGGCUAACACAGCAGGUGACCAGCCUAUCGGUCUUCUACCUGGACAUGGCCUACAAUGCAUUUGAUGAUCAGUAUGAGGGCUGUAUCGAAGCAAUGGAGGAAAAGGCACCCCAGCUGUUAAAAGAAGAACUGAGCAUGAAUAAAAAUUUUAAAAAAGAAUGGGAAAAGGCAAAGGAAAAAUGGAAGCAAAUAAAGUACAAAAUAAACCAUUCAGAAAAGUUCAGCGAUUUCCAUGGAACUGCUAUAGUGGCUUAUACAGGGGAAAUUGCAAUAGAUUUUAACAGAGCUGUAAGAGAAUUUGGACUAAAUCCACAUAACUUUCAGUACAAGGCCUUUCAUUAUUAUUUGACAAGAGCUCUUCAGCUUCUGAGGACAUACCAGUGUGACUAUGUUUUUAGAGGCUCUCAUACUAAAUUUUAUUAUAAUGGGACAGGUAGUGUACGAUUUGGACAAUUCACUUCAUCAUCUCUGUAUAGAAAGGUAGCUGUUUCUCCAACAUUUAUUAGUAAAGGAGGGACACUGUUUGUCAUCAGAACCUGUGUCGGUGUUAAUAUUGAAGAAUUCUCUCAAUAUCCUGAAGAAAAGGAAGUGUUAAUACCAGGGUAUGAGGUGUAUAAGAAGGUCACCGUAAAACAAACUCAUGAAAAUUACAAUGAAAUUUCCCUCGAAAGUCCCCAAAGACAAAAGAGUAACUUCAAUUGCUUCUAUGCUCAUUCUCGAAUUCACAGCAAAUCAGACAGCAAUUUCAACAGUUCAGGCAUGCAAAAAGGCCUUGUGUUCCUGCUGCCGCUGCUGCCGCUGCUUGCUGAGCUGUAACCCCUGGCCUAGAGUGUGUGAGCAGGAAGUUGGAGGGAGGCCGAGGGUCAGGGACUUGACUGGGUUCUCCAGCAUCAGCAGUAUUGGGAAGGGUGGGAUCAUUUCUAUGGUCCACUUUAGUGCUCAUGUCUCCCACAGACAUAUGAGGAAAUUACUAAAUCUGACUACAAAAAUGAGCAUUCUGUCUUCAAAUUUACUGCCUCAGAUAAGUUACUAGUGUCUUGACACUUUGCUAUGGUAACAAAGCAAUAAUUGCACAGUCAGCAGUAGCAGUCUUUAAAAAUAUGCAAUUUGUGAUUAAUGUUAUAAUCUAAAGAAAUAAACCAU